AUGGCAAUAAAGAGGUCGUCUCAAGCAGGAUCUAUCAAACAAAUCUUAAAGAGAUGCUCGAGUCUAGGGAAGAAGAAGAACGUGAAUGGUUGCUACUAUAACCAAGAAGAUGAUAGUCUUCCUCAAGACGUACCAAAAGGUCAUUUUCCGGUUUACGUUGGACCGAACCGAAGUCGGUACAUCGUUCCUAUCUCGUGGCUAGAACACUCCGAGUUUCAAACGUUGCUUCGACUAGCCGAGGAAGAGUUUGGUUUUGAUCAUGAUAUGGGUCUAACCUUACCUUGUGAUGAAGUCUUCUUCAGAUCUCUCAUCUCCAUGUUCAGAUAA